AUGUCUGGAAAGCGAAAAAGAGUUGUUCUUUCGCUAGAAGACAAAGGAAAGAUAUUGAAGAGGCUGAAAAAUAAUGAAGCCGCUUCAAAAUUAGCAGCGGAGUUUGGUGUAGGAAAGUCUACAAUAUCAGAUAUAAAAAAGAAUGAAGAAUCAAUUAUGAAGUAUUUAACGGGACUUGAAAGUGAGCAAGGAAGCUUAGAUAGAAAAUCGAUGAAAAAAUCCUUUGAUGAUAAAGUAGAUAAAGCUUUGCACAUGUGGUUUUUGCAGAAACGCUCAUCUGGUCAUCCCAUUUCUGGACCCUUAUUAUGUGAGAAGGCACUAUUUUUCAACGAAAAGUUGAAUGGAGAAAAUACUAAUACAUUUCAAGCAAGCUCUGGGUGGCUUAGAAAUUUUAAGCUACGGCAUGGUAUACGCGAAAUCGGAUUGCAUGGUGAAAAAUUAUCUGCAUCUACAGAGUCUGCUACGAAAUUCGUAAAAGAAUUUAUUGAAUUUGUAAAAUCAGAAAAAUACGAAGAAUUUAUUUACAAUGCAGAUGAGACCGGCCUGUUUUGGAGAUCUUUACCCCGAAAAACGUUAGCAUCUGGGUUCGAAAAAAGUGCUUCUGGAACUAAAUUAAACAAAGAAAGAAUCACAGUUCUUAAUUGCGCAAAUGCAACCGGUAACCAUCGAAUACCAUUGUUCGUGAUAGGACAUUCAAAGAAGCCUCGAUGUUUUAAUAAUUGGAAAAAUCUGCCAGUAAUUUACACUUCUCAAAGGAAGGCUUGGAUGACAUCAGAAGGUUUCAUUGAUUGGUAUGAUCACACAUUCAUUCCUAAAGUUAAGACACAUCAAGAAGAUAUGAAGAAAGAGGGCAGAGUACUCCUACUUCUUGAUAAUGCACCUUCACAUCCGUGUGCAGAUACCCUUGAACGGGAAAAUGGGAAGUUCCGAGUAAAGUUUUUGCCACCUAAUGUUACAUCACUGAUACAACCCAUGGAUCAGAGUGUAAUCGAGACAUUUAAGCGCUUUUAUAGAAAGCAAAAGGAAAAAAUUGAUACUGGAGCAGAAGCAUCUGAUAAGGAAAAUGAGGAGUGUAAAACUAUAAAAGAGAUGGGAAGAAUCCUAAAUUAUGAGGAAAAAGAAAUUAAUGAGUGGCUAAAUUGUGACAUGCAAGACCCUGGAUAUCAGAUUUUAAAUGACAAUGAGAUUGUGGCUGAGAUUGAAGGCGAAAAUGAAGAAAAUAAAAAUGAAAUUGAAAACGAAUGCUCUGAAAAGGCUCGAAAGGCAAAAAGACGCUGA